UCUCUGGACCCCGAGGACACCGAGGACUUCCGGGUUUCGCCCGUGCUUCUGGGUGAGCGGUGUUCAGGUUUCGCCAAUGUCUCUUUGGCUGCAGACAGGCGACCCACUGUUCCCAGUGGAAGCCCACCCCGCUCGGGGAGGCUGUCGGUGUUGCCGGGGCCGGUAGACCCGGACGUGCUUUCGCCUUCCCCUCUGCUUCAGCCGAGCGUGGGUGGAUCCCUCAGGGCCGCCGUUCCCUGCGCGCUGGGUGCCAGGCUGCCACCCUUGUUUCCUCAUCUGUAAGAUGGCGGUAAACCCUGUACCUGUGAGGAUGGAGCUGAGCGUCUAUAGCACGCAGACUUACUCCACGUGCACUGCUUUCCGCUGUUAGGAGGUACCUGGCAGAGAGUACGGUGCAUGUAUGAGGGAGCUGCGCCCGGCAAAUGCAAGCUUGAGAACACGGAAAGCCCUUUUUUCUUGGCAGCUCUAACGAUGUCUGACAAAAACCAGAUAACAGCCAGAGUUUCCCUUAUCGAGCAGCUGAUGUCUCAGAGGAAUUUUGAGGAUCUCAGCCAUCACCUCACUGCGCUGGAAACUCUGCAUGUGACUCCAGAGCACCUUCAGGAGACGGAGGUGGUCAGGGCGGUGUACAGAGUCCUCAAAAACUGCCCCACAGCAGCUUUGAAGCAGAAAGCCAAGCAUUUGCUGUCAGAAUGGAAAGCGCUGUAUAAGUAUACUCUCUGCAAGCCAGAGGGCAGCCCUAAACGAUUUCCUCUGGGUGGAAGUCAAGAAAAAAAUCAAGGCCUUCCUCCUGACCCAAAUCAGGAGGAGGAGGUACAGGGCGGCUCCAGGUGUAAUCCUCUAUUCACAUCCCAAGAUGUGGCAGGAGCCAUUGAAACGAUUGUGCGGGAAGAUAGCUGUGGCAGAGCAGAGCCUAAGGCAGUGCCUCUCAGCGCCCAGGACCCUCAGUCCACUGACCUGGCAGCGAGUGGGCAGCCAGACCCUGCAGUGCCCGUGAGAGCCAGAUGCGCAGAGCUGCUGUACGAAGCUCUGACUGCUUCCUCCCCAGGCCAGCCCAGAGCCCACGUGUGGCAUGACUUGGCACAAGAAAUCGAAGCGCACAUUUUUGCCCUUCACCCCAAGAACCUCCAAAAAUACAAAACGUGCAUCCGCAGCAAAGUGGCCAAUCUGAAGAACCCCCGCAAUUCUCACUUACAGCAGAACUUGCUCUCUGGGACCACGUCUCCGAAGGAAUUUGCUGAAAUGACCGCCAUGGAGAUGGCCAGCCAGGAACUGAAGCAGUUGAGAGCUUCCUAUACGAAAUCUGCCUUACGGGAACAUUACCUGCCCCAAGUGGUGGAGGGCACGCCGACCAGGAAAAUAAAAUGCAAGCGCUGCGAGAAAUUCAACUGCCAGGUCACCAUCAUCCCCAGAGGGACACUCUUCCUUCCAAGUUGGGUGCGGAAUUCAAGCCCAGAUGAAGAAAUGAUGACCUAUGUCAUCUGCAAUGAGUGUGGGGAGCAGUGGUAUCAUAACAAGUGGGUGUGCUUGUGAUUAUAAAUAAAUGUUCUUUUA